CACCCAUCGAGUGUCUCUCUCUCCUCUUUCAGGCCCCCAUCCCGACUCCCCACAUUUCCCCACCGGAGCGCAAAAUUCCACCGGCGGCCACCAUGCCGCCGCCGGAGCUGUGCCACGACCUCCUCGUGGACAUCCUCACCCGCCUCCCUCCGGACGACCCCGGGUGCCUCUUCCGCGCCUCGCUCGUCUGCACCGCGUGGCGCGCCCUCCUCACCAGCCCCGAGUUCGGCCGCCACUACCGCGAGGUCCACCGGACCCCGCCCCUGCUCGGGUUCUUCGAGAACCACGACACCGUCACGCCGUGGUUCGCGCCCUCGUCCCCCGCCGCCUCCCCCUUCCCCCCGCUCUUCCCCGACCGCCGCGGCCUCCAGGUGCUCGACUCCCGCCACGGCCUCGUCCUCCUCAGAAACCCUAUUCGAAUCACCGAGGAGGACCACGCCGUGAGCCUCAUCGUGUGGGACCCCGUAGGCCGCCGCCAGUGGGAGUCGUUCCCCCCUCCGGAUUUCGGCAGCACCAUCCUCUGCGACGUGGGGGUGGUGGUCUGCGCCGCCGACGACUGCGACCACCUCGGCUGCCAUGGCAGCCCCUUCCUCGUGGGCUACGUGGGCACCGACUACAGGAGCGCCCACGCCUCCGUCUUCUCUUCGGAGACGAAUAGCUGGAGCCCCGUUGUCUCUUGCCCCCACCCUGAUGUCGAGAUCCUGAGAGGCCAGCCCAAGCCCCUCAUUGGGAAUGCCGUCUACUUCAUCUGCGAGUACCACCCGGAUGAGAGUUUCAUUCUGUGCUUCGACCUCUUCAGCCGGAAACUAUCAAAGUUCGACGGGCCACCCAUCCAUCACUAUAAGCAUGCCCUCAUGAAAACAGAGGAAGGCGUGCUGGGAUGCGCGAGUAUGGAGGGAUCUCUGCUUUGCCUGUGGUCGACGGAGGCUGGUCCCGACGGAGCCGUGGCAUGGAUGGAAAGCAGGGUCAUCGACCUCCACAAGCUGCUCCCUUCUAACUCAUUCCUCCAUGUGAUUGGCUUUGAGGAUAGAGCUGGUGUCUAUUAUCUGACGGCAGACUAUGGUGUCGCAACGGUUGAUCUUAAGUCAGGCCAAGUCAACAAGAUGUCCAUCAUCGAUUCCAAUAUCGUUCCCUACACAAGCUUCUACACUCCAGAUCAAGCCGUUGAGGUGGCCCAGGAGGGCAGAUGGGAGGAAGUGGGCGACAAGGAGGAGGAGGAGGCCGAUGAGGAAGUGGAGCAGCAGGUAGAGAAAGCCGUGCAGGAGCUUUUUACCAAGGGGUCCAAAGCCCUUAAGGAUGAGGACUUCUUCGGCGCUGAAGACUGCAAACGCAGGAUCCUUGAGAUCAGGGUGGCACAUCAUGGUAAACUUUCUCCAAAGUGUCGCAAUGCAUAUCACAAUUACGGAUGUGCUUUGCUACAGAAAGCUCUAUCAAAUCAUGAUUCAGUGAAGAAUACAACCACCCCAAGUAAUACUGAAAGCGAAAUAGUAGAGGAUUUGGAUCUGGCCUGGAAAAUGCUACAUGUUGCAAGGGCAAUAUCUGAGAAGAGUCCUGGCAGCACUAAUGAGAAAUAUAAACUCUUUGCUGCUCUUGCUAGAGUCUCUGUGGAAAGAGGAGACACAAACUACUCACUGAUUGCGUGCUUCAAAGCUUUGGCCAACAUGGAGCAUUUGCUUGAGCCUGACCAUCGUCAUAUUAUCAAUCAAAACCUACACAUACGUUUUGCCUUCGAGUUGCAGUCCAAGACUGGAGAUGCAAAGGCUAUCUCAUUGUGCAUGUCACGUGUAGAGAACCUGAAAAAGGCCAGUCAAGCUUUGUUGGCUGAUAAAGGCGGGGAUGCAUCUGCUACUGAAGCUGGCUCAGAAAAUUCCGUUCCAGCCAAGGUUAUAGAGUUUUUUACUAACAAAAUACUGAGUGCAUUGGAGGAGAAGCUUGUAGACCUGGAGCAAGCAAUAUCAACCCGAGUCUCAGAGGCAAGUGCUGGAGCUGACCUGGAGGCUGCAGGCUGGAUCUUCAAACGAGCUAAGCUCAAGCAAACCUCUGUAGAAGAUGAUGGCAGCAACGGCUCAUAUGGCGACAGCUAUGGCUCAGAUGUUGACAGCGGCGGCUCAUAUGGCGACAGCUAUGGCUCAGAUGACGACAGCGACGGCUCAGAUGGCGACAGCGGCGGCUCAGAUGUCGACAGCGACGGCUCUGUUUCAGAGUAGAGUACUGUUCCGUUUACCCCUAUUUGUUAGCAGCUUGUUCCUGGAGCCUUUUAUCUUGCACUAUGGUCCCGUUUUAGUUAGACGCGAACAGCCACAUGCCCCUUUUUGUUCUGCUUAAUGCAGACUAUGCUCUUCAUGUCGGCAUUUAUGACAGGUUUCAGGAGUCAAAUUCUAUUUAGCUGAAGUCAAGUCCAAUAUUCCUGACAUUGGUCUACUGCUUGUAGCACGUUCCUGGAAAAGCCUGUUGAAACA